GUAUUUAUCACCCGUGAUUCCCAGUAAACUGGCAAGAUUUCCAUUUUUUCAAAGAAGACCACCUUCAUCAAUCUGGAAUUAUUCUACUCUCUUACGGAAGGCAACAUGAAGAUUCUCAGCGUAUUCUUACUCGCAGUUGUCGCUGUUGAGGGUCAUUACACAUUUCCUAGACUCGUCGUCAACGGCAAGACCGUGGAAGACAGAGACUGGCUCUUUACCCGUCAAACUAAGAACGCGCAGUCCAAGUCAGGCAUUGAAAAUCCCACCAGCGGAGAUAUCAGGUGUUACUCUUCCACAACAGCCCCCCAAAUCGCCACAGUCCCCGCAGGCGCUUCGGUGAACUACAUUUCUACUCAACAAAUCAACCACCCGGGCCCCACCCAAUACUAUCUCGCUCGCGUCCCUGCAGGCUCAUCAGCAAAGACCUGGGACGGUUCCGGAAGCGUUUGGUGGAAGUUUGCAUCAACCAUGCCCUACUAUGACGCCAACAAACAGCUUGUCUGGCCUGCUCAGAACACCUAUGCUACUCACCCCGCGGCCAUUCCGGCCAACACCCCGAGCGGCGAAUAUCUCCUACGAGUAGAGCAGAUUGCCUUGCACAUGGCUAGCCAAGCAAACAAGGCACAGUUUUAUAUCUCCUGCUCACAAAUCAACAUUACCAACGGAGGAAACGGAACUCCAGGACCAACCGUCUCCCUCCCUGGGGCCUAUAGGUCCAACGACCCUGGAAUUCAGGUGAAUAUCUACAACCUCCAGCCAGAUGCCUAUCGCGCUCCAGGUCCUGCGCCCUGGCAGGGUUAGGUCGAGUCGACAGCUCUGGGGCACAUCUGUGUUGGCGAUGGAGGCUAUGAAUGGGAGGGACAAGUCCACAUCCGAUACCAAGUCGCUCGCUAGGCUGGUUGGAUUUUCAAGAUGAAAGAUCAUUCCCUUUUACCUGUAUCCAUUCAUGCAGGACAUACAGGCAUGGGAUGAAGUGAAGCUUACCUGGCAGGCUAGACAAGAGAUGGGACAAGAGACUUGUGGUUGCACUUUCUCAACUUCUUCAAGUGACUCAUUUGGCUACCUACCAUACGGCUAAGCGUCGGACACUGCUUGUUAUGUUGUUGCUGCUAUC